UCGCUGGCGUCGCUGUGACUUCAGUCUCGAUUUUUUUUUUUUUUUUAACCAGGGCACGUCCAGUGGUGGCUCCCGGGUAAAAAGAUUGGAUACAUCGCAAAGAAGACAAGAAAUCCCACCGCAACAGAUGCACAACAAACAAAUAGGGUAUCAAGAAUUUGCUCGGGCACGCGCACGUCUCAAAUUGCAACGAAGACGACGAGAUGAUGCCGUUAAUGUUCGCGUCUCCAAAUGGCGUUUAAAUUGAGAUUUUUUUUUUCGCCUUCGGAGCUGCGGUCCGUUCACGUACCACAGAGCUGCUUUAAAAAACGAAGAUGGGCUGUGUUAAAUAAUUAUGACCUGCGAAGGCUUGUGUAAAAACGGAUGCAGCAAUGGUGACGCCUGCGUCCUCCUUUUCAGAGGACUAAUGGUUGGUUCUUUAGCGGUGGGCGGCUAAUGAUAUGAUGAACAGCACAGAGUCGCCGUCAGAGCUGGCUGAUGUGCCCAAGCAAGUGAACUUAAAUGGCACCCAGCCAUCACACAGCCCCCCAGUUUGGGCUGCCGUCCACACUGCAACCUUGACCUUUUGCUCCCUCCUCCUCGUUUUCAUCUUCUGCCUUGGUUCCUAUGGGAACCUGGUGGUUUUCUUGUCCUUCUUUGACCCGGCCUUCCGCAAGUUUCGCACCAACUUCGAUUUCAUGAUCCUCAACCUGUCCUUCUGUGAUUUGUUUAUUUGCUGUGUGACGGCCCCAAUGUUCGCGUUGGUGCUUUACCUGGAUGCGGGCGGCGUGGACGGCAUGUCCAAGAGCUUCUGCUUCGCCUUUCACCUGACCGGCUCUGGUUUCAUCAUCAUGUCGCUGGAGACGGUGGCGGUCAUCGCUCUGCACCGGCUGCGGAUGGUCCUGGGCCAACAGCCCAACCGCACCGCCUCAUUCCCCUGCACCCUGACCCUCACAGCCCUGCUAUGGACGUCCAGCUUCACCAUGGCGGCCCUGCUCAUCAUGCGGGCGUACCCACGCAGGGAUGGACCUUGCUUGCCCCAUUUUGGUCUAGGAGGGGGGCGGGCCAGGUUGGUGCUGUACGCGUAUCUUGCUGACUUUGCUUUCUGCGUGGCUGUCGUGUCAGUGUCCUAUCUAAUGAUCGCCCAGACCCUGAGGAAGAACGCACAAGUGAGGAAGUGUCCCAUUAUCACUGUGGCAGCCACGUGCACUCCACCGCCGCCACCUUUGGCAGCCACAGGCUUUGAGGGGAUGCAGUGUAGCGCUCAGGCCCCCUUGUACCGUAAUCAGAUGUAUAAUAAGUUACAAAAUGUUCAGACGCAUUCUUACGCCACUAGGACCAAGCAACCAGUGGUCCCGGGGGCAGCCCAGGGAGCGACCUGCUGCCAGCUGGUCUCCACGGUCAACUUGGCCACCGCCAAGGACUCCAAAGCUGUUGUCACCUGUGUCAUCAUCGUGUUCUCAGUGCUGCUGUGCUGCCUGCCGAUGGGGAUCUCCUUGGCGCAGGACGUUUUGUCGCCAGAGAGCACCUUCGCACACUACCAGUUUGAACUGUGCGGCGUCGUCCUCAUUUUCCUCAAGUCGGGCAUCAAUCCCUUCGUGUAUUCACGUAACAGUGCCGGCCUACGCCGCCGCGUGCUCUGCUGCAUGCAUUGGGCCGCACUGGGACUGCUAUGCUGCAAGCACAAGACUCGCUUGCACGCCAUGGGCAAGGGCAGUCUGGAAGUCAAUCGGAAUAAAUCCUCCCACCACGAGACCAACUCGGCGUACGUUCUCUCGCCCAAGGCGCAGAGGAGGCUAGUGGACCAGGCAUGCGGGCCGAGUCACUCCAGAGAGUGCGCUGCCAGUCCCAAGGGUGCACGGAGACCUCGCCCCGCCAGCACAUCCACGCCCAUCAACACGCGCAUCGAGCCCUACUACAGUAUAUACAACAGCAGUCCAUCUGCUGGACCCAGCUCGCCCACCAGCCUUCAGCCUGCCGGCUUGCAGACGUUUGCCUUCGCCAAGUCCUACGUGGCCAUGCACUACCACACUCACCAGGACACCUUGCAGGACUUUGAGAGCACCUCUGUGCAACAGAUCCCCGUCCCCUCUGUCUGAACUCUUUCAGGAUCAGUGUCAUGUUCUGCAGUAGGAGUACUCAAGGAUACAGUUGCGGGUGAUGGGGGACACCACUGUUGCCACAUAGCAGGAAGUUCUUUGGGUUGUGUCUUCAGGACUGCCGGGAUGUUUGGUUGGGUUCUGUUUCCUCCCAUAGUCCAAAAACGUAUGCAUGGACAAUGUGGUGGUUCCCAAAAUGUCUCUUUGAAGGGUCAUAUAAUUUUCCCUCAUCCUGACUCACAUCUUCUCCUCAAUAACUUAAAUGGAACCUAUUAUGGCAAUUAAGUGAUUGUAUACAAAUAGUAGGGUCUUAUCCAUCAAAUGAAGAAUUUUUCACAACCAAGUAGUGUUCCCUCACUUUUCGCAGGUGAUAUGUUCCAUGAUCCCCCACGAGAGGUGAAUUUCCGCGAAGUAGAGGUUGACUCUUGGGCGAGGGGGGCUUUAUUCCUCUAUGAAGUCAUUACUGUUAGGAUGGUUCUGUUUGUGACCAAGAGGUGGCACUGUAGGGCUCGUCCUGUUGGUCACAAACAGAACCACCUUAACAAUUACGAACCACCCACACGCUUCCCACGCUUCUAAAGAUUUGUUACACAUAAUACAUUGAAAUUUAUAAAUGUAAAAUGAAGAUUAAAUUUUUUUUUCUGGAAACCGAAAGCUUGUUGCCAUGACUAAUGUUCUUCUACUUUUUCAGCAGAAGUUGCUCUUCAUCUUCCAUGUAGAAGACCAAGAGAAACGGUAGUCACGGCAACUAGCUUUCGCUUUCAGCAUCAAGGAUUUUUACAGCGCCAAAAUUCGUAUUCACCCAUCAGGAUUGUAACUUUGGCUAUAAUGAUUCUGGUUAAGGUCAGCCAUUUUAAACAAAAAAGAAAAGCUAUAACAUAGUUAUUAAGUGGCCACGUGGCUCUCCUCAUGUGCUGCCGAAGCAGAGCACGCCCGGCUCACAUUAAUUUAUGAAUGCAGCCCAUAAUCAGCAACUUGUGCUUCAACUGUUUACUUUCCUUGUACUGGCCUGCACUGGGCUUCAUUUUUACAAAUGGCGCAUUUGGACAACGUUCUGAGUUUCCGAAGGGUCUGAGUGAAGCAGUGAGCUUCACGUGUAAUUCCGAACGCAUCCGCGAUGAGGAAAUUGGGGAUUUUGAGGUUGACGUGCUCUAAUGUUCAUGGUCUCUGUUUUUGUAAAAUGAAUUUCCCUUCAGAAAAUUGACAUUUUUUGACUGGUCCGACUUAGAAGGAAAUAAAAUAACAAGAAAACCCAUGCACAAAAGUGAGAUAAACCCCGCAAUAGAUAAAGUUUUGGUGACAAAUGAAAAGACUGAAGCCACAAUAACCGUUUCGUAGAAAGGGAACACUGCAUUCUGGAAAGCGCUUUGUUACAGCAGCAGUUGUUGUAAAAGUGGCAUAUAAAUUAAGAUGCAUUGUAUUGUAUUUUGUCGCUGUCUGCUGGACACCCCUUAUGUCCAACUAUGGUCAAUUUCAUAUUUUUACAGGAAUUUGUGUGUCCCCAUGUUGUCAGAUUUUUUAAAAACUCAUUAUUAACCAGUUUAAAGUCUGGAAAAGUGAUUGAAAACAAAUCUAUUAAUUCUAUUAGCUCUGCCUCUUCCUCACUUACCCUUCCAGCAAGAGCCAUGUGGUAUUUCGUCACCUCUGGAUUGUAAUUCUUACUCAUAUUAAAGGUUUUUGGUCUGGGCGGCACAACCUUUAAUAUGCAUGGCUGGAGUCUAACCCAUUUUAAUCAAUGACAGCAUACUUUUUUAGCAACAUGAAAGUGAUUUUAGAGUGAUGAUUUGAUGGUUAUGAUAGCAAUAUAUUAAUUUGAAAAAUGUGCUAAUUGGUACCUGAAGCAAGAGGCUGUUUUUUUUUGUUUUUUCCUUGAAAAGUAGUGAUUUUGGAGAUGCGAGGAUUACUCUCAACAGCGACGAUUCGUGAGCUACCUAUUUCCAAAAAUGUGUCUGAAUGUUGUGUUUGGUGAUGUGACCACUGCAUGCACCACAUACACAGAUCCAUACAGUAAUUGACUGUACGUGGACGAGCUACCUCACACUCUGGGCUGAUUGGGUUGGGAAGAUGAGGCAGUCAUGUUGUCACGGUGACCAUUGCAAAUGUAAAAUUAGGAUAACUUAUUUCUGCUAUGUAUAUGUCGAAUUGGAAUAUAUAUAUA